AUGGAACUUCACAAAAAUAACAACGAUCUGGAUAGUCUGGCAGAGAUAGAUUUUGAAAACGAUCCUAUAAUUCACACCAGAAUCAACGAAGAUGGAACCACGUCGAAUUAUUUUGACAAAAGAAAAUUGAAAAUUGCACCAAGAUCCACUUUGCAAUUUAAAGUUGGUCCCCCGUUUGAAAUGGUUGGGAACUAUCAUUCUGUUAUCGAUUUUAAAAGUGGUGAAGAAAUUCAGCUUCAAAUUAUUCCAAGAAUUGAUAGGGGUUUUGAUCAUAUUGAAGACGAAUGGGUCGGUUACAAACGCAACUAUUUCACUUUAGUUUCUACUUUUGACUCUAUUGGAUAUAAUUUGGAAGAUUUUUUGGAUACAUCAUUCAAUUUACAACUAGGUAAUGAUGUCAAUUCGAGAGCCGUGAAUAUCAAAUAUUUCGCGAUUAAAAUAAAAGCAAGAAGUGAUGAUGAAUUGACUGAAAUCAAUCUGGUGCAGCAUACUGCUAAGAGAGAUAAAGGCCCACAAUUCACGCCAGCAUUAUGUCCUUUGAUUCCUUCUCCUUUACCCAAACAUCAGAUUAUAAGAGAGGCUUCAAAUGUCAGAAACACCACUAAAAUGAAGAAAUAUGACUCCACAUUUUAUUUUCAUAGGGAUGAAAAUGGAAAUAAUUUUGAUCCAGAUUCAAUACUAAAUAGUUACCCAAAUGAUUGUAUACAAAAAGUUGCACGUUAUGAACGAGUUCAGUUUGCAUCAUCCAUUAGUGUUAAAAAGCCAAGUCAGCAAAAUAAGCACUUUCGUUUGCACGUAAUACUGGGGGCCGUAGUUGCUACGCAAGAUUUGAAGGCAUCAGAAAUUAAGGAUCAAUGUGAAGAGUUGCCAUUAUCUAUGGGGCAGAGAGAAUCGUUCGUUCCUCUACAAGAGAUGAAAACGCCUCCUUUGAUUAUUAGAGGAAGAUCUCCAUCAAAUUAUACAUCUUCUCAAAGAUUAACAUUAAGAACAAAUUCUGUAACACCAUGUGAUGAUAGUAACAUUGCUUCUUGUGUUUCUAGUUCGCCCAUUAAAGUUGAUUCAUCACCGAGACGUCCCAAGCUAGGGAGGCCCGCUAAACGUAAGUCUAGGGUCUUGGCAUCAUCAUUACCAAGAGUUUUAAAAGAUAUCACCGAACAAGAAAAUAAUAUGUCAAAGCAUCUGGAGGGUAUUGAAACCUUAGAGCAAAUCGAAAAUAUAAUUCUAUCGCAGGCACCAUUGUUUACCAGUCAGCUAGAUGAAAACGAAAAUGAAGCCAUCAAAAAUGAAUCUAACGAGCUAAAAGAAGCUGAUUACCCUAGAGAAACAAAAAAUAAACAUAAGUCAGUAGAUUUGAAAGAUAUUGAACUCAAACCCUCUUACGUGAUAAAUGCUGAAAAUAUCUUCGUCGUAGGUUCUUUGGCUUUAAAUAGACCUGGUUACGAUAUUCCGUUGGAGCAGCAACAUAAAAAAAGGAAAAUAGCCACAUCUUCAGGAGCAAAACUAGAUUUUAUAGAAUCGCACAAUGAGGAUUUAUCGUUGACUGAGUUGUCUAUUCUUCAAAACGCAUCGCAUAAUUUCUAUACUUUUGAGCACAGUAAUAUUCUGGAAGAAAUAUCUGGGCAAAACAUUGUUGACGGUAUGAGUUAUUCCUAUUUGAAUGAUAAUUUUGAAACUAAGUUACGAGAUAAAUUAUUCACUCAUUCCAACAACUGGUCAGAGUUCGAAGCUUUGCCAUCUGAAAUAGUAAGCUCUGGUCGCAUUUUUGAAGAUGACAACUAUCUUCUGCAUUAA